ACUGGGGUGUGGGCGGGGAGCGGCGGAGGGAGGAGGCAGAGCUGGCCGCCGCAGUUUGCCGCCGCUGCUGGGCGCCUAGGCAGAGCUCCCCGGGGUUCGUGCGGGCGCCAUGGACGAGCAGGCGGGUCCCGGCGUCUUCUUCAGCAACAACCAUCCGGGUGCUGGCGGUGCUAAGGGACUCGGGCCUCUGGCGGAGGCUGCAGCGGCCGGAGACGGGGCGGCUGCGGCGGGGGCGGCCCGAGCUCAGUACAGCCUCCCCGGGAUCUUGCACUUCCUGCAGCACGAAUGGGCCCGCUUCGAGGUGGAGAGAGCCCAGUGGGAGGUGGAGCGGGCGGAGCUGCAGGCCCAGAUUGCCUUCCUUCAGGGGGAGAGGAAAGGUCAAGAAAAUUUGAAGAAAGAUCUAGUGAGGAGGAUCAAAAUGUUGGAAUAUGCCCUGAAGCAGGAAAGAGCCAAAUACCACAAGUUGAAAUAUGGGACAGAACUGAAUCAGGGAGACAUGAAGCCUCCAAGCUAUGAUUCUGAUGAAGGCAAUGAAACAGAGGUGCAGCCGCAGCAAAACAGCCAGUUGAUGUGGAAACAAGGCCGUCAGCUACUCAGACAGUAUCUCCAGGAGGUCGGCUACACAGAUACUAUUCUAGAUGUGAAAUCCAAAAGAGUACGAGCAUUGUUGGGCUUUUCAAGUGAUGUCACUGACAGGGAAGAUGACAAAAACCAGGACUCGGCUAUAAAUGGCACAGAGGCUGAAGUUAAGGAGACAGCAAUGAUUGGAAAAUCCGAGUUAACGGAUUCUGCCUCUGUGCUGGACAAUUUCAAAUUCCUUGAAAACGCAGCUGCAGAUUUCAGUGAUGAAGAUGAGGACGAGGACAUUGAUGGAAGAGAGAAAAGUGUCAUUGAUACCUCAACAAUUGUUCGGAAGAAAGCAUUGCCUGACACCAGUGAAGAUGGAGACACUAAGGAAGCUCUGAAGGAGUUCGACUUCCUUGCCACAGCAGAGGAUGGAGACAGCGAAUCUAGAAGUGCGGGCGAUGGAACAGACUGGGAAAAGGAAGAUCAGUGUCUCGUGCCUGAAGCCUGGAAUGUGGACCAGGGAGUAAUCACCAAACUGAAGGAGCAGUACAAAAAGGAGAGAAAGGGGAAGAAAGGGGUGAAGAGAAAAACUACCGAAGAUCUGUUUCAGCCUCUAUCCUAUAUAAAACAGUCAAAACAGGGAUGUGGGAGAAUGAAGAAUCAAAGCCCAGGGCCCAAUAGGUCAAAACUACAAGAUAUGCUUGCUAAUUUGAGAGAUGUUGAUGAACUUCCCUCAUUGCAGCCAUCUGUUGGCUCCCCUUCCAGACCCAGCAGCUCCAGGCUUCCUGAGCAGGAAAUCAGCAGGGCCGAUGAAGUGGAAGCACUGACAUUUCCGCCUUCUUCUGGGAAGUCGUUUAUCAUGGGAGCAGAUGAAGCCCUUGAAAGUGAACUGGGGCUUGGAGAAUUGGCAGGCCUUACAGUGGCCAAUGAAGCAGACUCACUAGCUUAUGAUAUAGCAAAUAAUAAAGAUGCCUUGAGGAAGACGUGGAACCCUAAGUUUACAUUAAGAAGUCACUUUGAUGGCAUCCGAGCCCUUGCUUUCCACCCCAUCGAGCCUGUUUUAAUAACAGCAUCAGAAGACCAUACACUGAAAAUGUGGAAUCUUCAGAAAACAGCCCCAGCCAAAAAGAGUACUUCUCUCGAUGUGGAGCCUAUCUAUACGUUUAGGGCUCAUAAAGGUCCGGUACUGUGUGUGGUGAUGAGUAGCAAUGGCGAGCAGUGUUACAGUGGGGGUACGGACGGACUGAUUCAGGGCUGGAACACCACCAACCCCAACAUCGAUCCCUAUGACUCUUACGAUCCUUCUGUUCUGAGAGGCCCUCUGCUGGGCCACACGGAUGCCGUGUGGGGGCUGGCCUACAGUGCGGCACACCAGCGCCUGUUGUCCUGUUCAGCAGAUGGCACUCUUCGUUUAUGGAACACAACUGAGCCUGCUCCAGCACUGAGUGUGUUUAAUGAUAACCAAGAACUGGGAAUCCCUGCUUCUGUGGACCUAGUGAGCAGUGACCCGAGCCAUAUGGUAGCAUCAUUCAGCAAAGGAUAUACAAGCAUCUUUAACAUGGAAACACAGCAGCGAAUUCUCACUUUAGAAUCCAAUCUCGAUUCAACAGCCAAUUCUUCCUGCCAAAUAAACAGAGUCAUCAGCCAUCCCACGCUCCCGAUCAGCAUCACUGCUCACGAAGACAGGCACAUCAAGUUCUAUGAUAACAAUACAGGCAAACUGAUCCACUCAAUGGUAGCCCACCUAGAAGCUGUUACAAGUUUGGCGGUUGAUCCAAAUGGCCUGUACUUGAUGUCUGGCAGUCAUGACUGUUCAAUACGCUUAUGGAAUUUAGAAAGUAAGACAUGUAUCCAAGAGUUCACAGCUCAUCGGAAAAAAUUUGAAGAAUCGAUCCACGAUGUAGCAUUCCACCCUUCCAAAUGCUAUAUAGCCAGUGCUGGAGCCGAUGCCCUGGCUAAGGUCUUCGUAUGAUGUGACUCAUCAGCUUCACCUUCUAGCUCUUUAUUAGUCAACUGCACAACAGAGAUACAGAAGACCAGGGCAAGCACCAACACAUCCUGCUCUUUUGUUCUGCUGAAGGAGCACAGAGAACAUUUGUUAAAGUAUAGUUUUGCAAUUUGUGAACUGUUUUCUAAAAUUAAGGUUUGUUCAGGUUGCUGCAAGCUCAGCUGAAUCUGUGAGCCUGAAAAUUUUGACUUCCCCCGAAAGAGGCACUUUCAUUUCUGAGUUGUUGUCAUUCGCUAGGCAGGCCUGAGCGGAACAGAUUUAGCAUCUCCCUUCCUGAGUAAACAGGGCAUGCUCUUCUGGGUCAUUAACAGUUGUAUGUGGGGAAUGAGACUCUACCCUGAGACAUCUGCUACACAUACUUAGUCAAACUGUACUGUAUCUGCUCUACUAACCCCAUUGUGUAUAAUGACCAGACAGUGUUCAAAUGAAUUUCUAACAUAGCUCUCCUUUCUGCUGUUCUCAUAAAGCACGUGACAAAACAUUUCACCUAUUAGGAGGAAAAGAUGCAAUAAUACAUUAAGAAUAUUAUUCAGAAAUGCUAAACAAAUAUUUAGUUUGCAAGCAGAUUUCUACCUUGUAUUACAAUUUUGAAAGUAGAUGUGGUACCAUUCUAAAGUCUAGCUGUCAAGCACCCAUUAUGAACAGCAGUUAAUAGGGUCGGCAUUUACUAAAGGGUUUAACUUAUCCCGGUUUGAGAUCCUGUUUAUUUUUAGGGGCAAACAGGAACUAUCUCUAUAAUAAUUUGUUUAAAAAGUUCACCUCAUUUGUGUGGUAUUUAUUGCACUAGAGUAAUUAUUUCAUGUUGAAGAACUUCCUAGUGACUGAAAAAGGAGGAAGCUAUUUAUUAGCAUCCAUUUCUUGACACCCAUGUAACUGGUUCAGAUAAUCCUCACUGUUUCUUCCCUGCCUUUCACAUUCAUGUGUUCUUACUGUUGCCAUGAACAGUUUAUAAUUAUUAUGUUGUCUAGCCCAGAGCGCAUGGUUCUCAGGCAACUGCUUUGGCAGCUCUGCUACUAAAGCAGUGCCCCCUGAGUUCACCACUAGCGUCUCUACAAUGUCAUGGAGGGCUAGAUGAAAGACGUUAUUGAUGCCUGUGAUGUCUGUGAGAUUCCUUCUCCUACCUUCACCUAUUGUUUAAUUGGAACACACAUACUAAUGAACAGUGAUUCAGUGCUCUAUCUAAUAAAGCCAUGUCUUCAAAUGGCAGAUUUCACAUUUAUCUGUGACCCAUAUGUAGUCAGCUUUUGGGAGACUCAGAAUCCUACUGACCUUCCUAGUGCCCUGCCGUGUAGACCUCCUUCCUGUAACUGUCGGGCACCCUUCAUGCCCUUCACAUUCCUCUGUGAAGUGACAGAGAUCAAUAUAAAUAUUAAAAAUAAAUUAAUGUCCACCUUUCACCAAAAUGUAUACAUCGUAGGCUCUAGGUCUUAAAAAUACUAUACCUAUAAAUGUUAUAACCCAUCAUAAUGAUUCCAUUGCAUAGUUAUGGCAUUUCUAGUGACUUAUUCUUUGAAAUAGCAUUCUCAUGGUGAUAUGGGUAAUAAUUGACUUAAAAUUUUUCUGCUCCAAAGGCAGAUGCCUUUAGAAUUCUCUAAUGUGCAGGCAAAUUUUCAUUGACAUUAUAAGACCCAUGCUAAAUUUCUCUGGUUGUUCUAUAGACAUGGUGUCAUAUUUAACACAGUUACAUUUUAUCUUUGUGCUUUGGUUAACAGACCUAAGAGAUAAAUUAAUAUGCACGAGUGAACUGAAUUAAAUGCUUGUGUUUUACGCAAAUAUAAAACUUUACACUGUCAUGGGUAAAUCUCUCCAUCCUUCACAAAAGGAUGUGCUAACCCAACAUUUGUAGACUACUAGAAGGUUCCAGUUAGAAGUAGUGUAUUUAUGACCACAGUUACUGCUUUUAUUGCUUCCCGAAGUCUACGGUGUAUGUCUUACUCUUGUCACCAACAUUCUGGAAUCCAGGAGAGGCUGCCCUGUUCGUUCUGUGCCUCGUGAUUGGGUGGGAAACAAUCCUAAGACAGACGAAGUGUAAUGCAAAUGAUAGAACUGCUGAAGGGUUUUAGGAAGUGUGCUUUGUGCCAUUGAAAACUGUACAUAGAGAGAGAUUCUUCUAAACUAGCCCUGUUCAUUCUCAGCCUGGACAUGAGCCAAAGCUGUCUUCCAGCUGAUGGUAGCAUGGACAUUUGUCUGACUUUCCCCAUCCUAAUGAACAUUCACAAAAUGAAAAUUUCAAGAUUCAAAAUCACUGAAAUGCUUUCAUAAAUAUUUACCGGAUUGUAAAUAUUCUGAGUCAGCUGUUAGGGAAUAGUAUGAAAAUCAGCAGGUGGGUUAGGCUCCUGCCUUAUUUUCAUGUGCUGUGGAUACGUCUCUGGGAGCUUCUAGUACCCUUCUCAAAACGCAGCUGUCACAUGGAGCUCAUUUGCUACUCAAACCAUAGAUAAAUAAGUGAUAUAAUGACCUUCAGUAUUUUUCUAUUGAACAAAUUUAUCAAUUUUUGCCAUUAAACAGAUAAUUAGUUAUGCAAAGUAUUUAGCUUUUGUAAUCAUUUAGUUGUAACUAAAAGGGGAAAAUUGAACUGUAUCACUGAUAAUGAAUUUUGUGAGAAAUUAUUUGUUUAACUUCCAUUCCUUCAGUAUUCUUGCUAUAAAUUUCUUUUGGAGAUAAUGAUUCUUUAUUUGAAAGAUGUCUAAAAUGUAUGUAUAUUUUAUAAAUAUAUAUUAUAUAUAUUAUAGGGAUAUAUAUAAUAUAUAGACUAUAUAUAUAUAUAUAUAUCUAAACCAUGGGUGCAUUUUACUGUUUGUGUUCUCCCGUUUGGAGGUCGUAUACUCAGAGGCUGAUGAGUAUGGCGAGUGUUGUGCUGUUUGCUUUCACAGUAUAAUAUAGAGCUCUAAGUGUUUAAAUUACUGUAUAUACUAUACUCACUAUAGGCUAGCAUGCUUGUUUUAAAGACUGUCAUUCUAGUUUAUUAAAAUCUGAAUGUAAGAAAACCUGGCUAUUCAAAUGUGAAUUGAAAAAAAUCCAUUCUCAGCACUGAGCUGUUUCCAUUGAACAUUCAAGCUUUUUGACAAAAUGUGUCAUUGAGAAGGCAAUAGCUAGAAAGGAGAGGUGCCUUUAAAACCUUCAAAUGCAGCCUUAUAGCGAGGGUGAAGACUGAAUCUGUGUUGGGGUGGGAGGGGGAAGAGAGAGCGUGAGAGAGAGAGAGAGAGUGCGUGUGUGUGUGUGUGUGUGUGUGUGUGUGUGUGUGUGUGUGCGCACGCGUGCCAGUGUGCCAGUCUGUGAAGAUCCUGAUUUUGUGACAGUGUCUUUUAAUGUAAUUGCUCAACUUCUAGGACUUCAGGGGACAUUUCAUGCAUAAUCUUUGUGCUCUUUGGAGCACCUUAAAUGCUUUCCAAGAGUUUUGAAUGUGAAUUUCUAGAAAAUUCAGUAAAGAACAAAUAACUGUUUUUGAAUUAAAUUCAACUUCAGAUAACAAAUUAUUGAUUCCCCAGAAUUACGGGAUUCUCACUGAUGUAAUUUUUCAAAGCUUGCUUCUUUUAGUACUUCAUAUAUUCCCCCGUUCUCAAGAGUAUGCCAUGAAAUUCUUAUAUGAGGAGGAUCGGAGUAGUAAAAAAUAUGGUUUUUAGAUGAAACACUUGAACUAAUUACAAUUCCACCUAAGAAUAGUCUUGAAGAACUUCAGUGGUCUCUCUCAUAUCUACCUCAUUGUCAUUGCUGCCAUUCUGAGUCGGACGAUGGCUGAUGCGGUUGGACGUCUGUGCUGAUGCUGUUCUCGGGCCUGGUCAUCUCGGUGUGCUGUCUCCGCGCAGGUGAAACAUCCAGGAUUACUUCUAGGAUUUUGCUUCUUUGUUUUGUUGUCCUCAAGGACGGCUUAAAACACCACCAGUGUGCUUAGUGGGUGGAGAGAGUUCGUUCCUGGUUGUUGUGUGUAAUAUUUUAAACCAGGAGUCAAAUUGUUACUGAAUUUUCUUGAAACUCCAGGCACAGUAGCACACUGAGAGGUGGAAGCAAGAGGAUCUCAAGUCCAAGAUUAUCCUCAGUUAUAUAGGGAGUUCAAGGCCAGCCUGGGCUACAUGAGCCCUUGUCUCAAAACAACAAAAAGUUUACCUGGAAAAAAAAGUAUGAUUUUAUUUGGCUUAUUUUACUCUUUGAAAGUUAUUACCACACUCUUAGGUAUAUAAUUACCCACUUUACUGGCUUAGAAGUUGCCUCCAUGACUGUGUUACUUGUUUGUUUGUAUUGCAGUGCUCAGAGUGUUUGACACUGGGAUUCUGGUUAUACAAAAGUAAUAUCUGUUGAAGUGCAUUGUGUGCGUGUGUGUGUGUGUGUGUGUGUGUGUGUGUGUGUGUAAUGUAUCAUUUCCUAAAGUCCAUUUUAGUGGAAGGUCAGAAAAUGAAUAUAUCUCUGUUUAGCAGGUAAACAAUUUGAAUCAGUUUUUCAUUUGCCACUGGAAGCUUUGUAAUUGUCCAUAUCAAGCAUGCAUCUAGGUCUUCGUGUCAGUGGAAAGGACUCCACAUUGAACAAGUAUUUAACAGAACCUUUACAUCAGUUUUGUCGUUAGGUGUUUAAUUUUGAAAAGUUUUGUGAGACUAAAAGAGAUCUUUAGAUCCCACUGUUUGUUCUGACAAUGUUUCUGAAGUGGUGCUGAGGAGUUUUUCUGGAUCUUGACUAGUCAAGCUUUAGAUUUCAUUUAACUGGGACCACAUGCUCAUCACCCCUCUGGUGCAAAUUAGAAAGUUCAUGUUAAUUUAAAUUAACUUUAAUGUCUGCCUGGGUUUUUUCCAGGCUGUGAACCAGUGAGUGCCUUGUUAAUGUAGAAUGAUUUUCCCUGUUGCACGUUAGCUCUUUCUGAAAGGGUCUCAGAGACUGGGGUUUGAAGUGACUUGUGGAGAGCUGCUGAGUUGGCAACACAGUAUUAGGAAGUCUUUGGUCUGCCAUGUCCCACUCUUCCUGCUUCCUCUUCAUUGGCUGAUGUCGGCCUCUUGUGAGAAAACUAAUAUAGCCCCCUCCACACGUUUUGGUUUUUUUUUUUUCCAUUCCAGGUUAAGGAGUAACCCUAUCCCACCCCAAUUAUAUGACCCAAUGCCUGUUUUUAGGAAGAACCACUUCUUUGUAAUACUAAAAAUCUACCACUUUAUGUCUUCUCAAUAUCGGUUUACUGGAGUGAACCUCAGGGUAUCAUCAGUUCAGAGCCCUAAAUAACCCUUUCUCUCCAUACCCCAAACCCCCAACUGGUGAUCCCUGGGCCAGAUUGUUUGAUAUUCAGGUGUCUUAAAUUUUAGUUAUAAUAUCAAUUAAUGUAAAUCCAAAUGCUAAUUUUUGUGGUGCAAGAAGUUCCUUUUGUAAAUUCAGGGUAUGGAUAAGCUAAUAAUGAUAUCCAGUUUUGGUGGCUCUAAGUGUAUUAUUUGUUUUUAAAUAAAGUGUACAAAAUAGUUAA